AUGGUUCCGCAUGUUGUCAUCCUGCACGCAGCAGAGGAUGAGGAGUUCGUCAGGGGGCUGGUGGAGGGGCUGAUGGAUCUGCACCUGGGUUAUAAUCUACUCCAGACAGACAUAUUCUGUCUGCAGGUCACAGAUGCUCCUGGUGCCGUCAGCCGCCCACAGCUCACGUCCACACUGACCCUCGGCAGCGUGAAACUUGUCGUGCCCGUGAUCAGCAGACACCUGCUUGCUGACCAGUCCUCGCUCACGGUCGGACUGGAAACUUCCGUCAGGAACAAGAAGCCUCGAUACGUCAUUUGGCUGGACCAGAACCAUGAUGACUUCCGUGAGUUCGGUACGUUAGUCAGCCGGCAGUACCCAACCCUGGAGGCGCCGGCCAGGCGGGUCCCGCGGGACAGGGUGGGGGAGACGAUACCCGGCGGUGUUAUCAGUUGGAUUUUUCACGCCUGGGAUGUACGUGACGCGCUCUGCAGACAAACAGGUGAACUGAGGCUCCCGUGCUGGGGCGCCUUGCACUACACUCAUGAUUUCCUGUCUGACAACAUGAACCUCCCAGCUGUUCUCACACGGCUGGAACAGGAGAACCAGCUGAGUCCGGCUGACGUCCUGUCUAUCCAGACGGAGCCGACACCUGUAAGCAGGGCCGGCCGGUUGUUAGAUAUGCUGCGGGACAGGAGGUGGCAGGAGCCGUACGACUGGUUAGUGCGGGUCCUGCGGAAGGAAGGACAGGACUUCCUGGCGGAGGAGAUGGAGGACCGGGAGCGGGACUGGGAGCGGGUCUACGGCAUCGGGAAACAGCAGACGGCACAAGCUGGUCACCAUGCUGCACAGCCGGAACAUGGGGAACAUUCAUCAGACAAAAGUCAAGCAUUCAUACAAACGGAGAUGCACCGCUCCGAGGCGAAUAUGAGCGAUACUAAAACACCUUUGGAAGUCAAGUGUGUGUUUCUGGGACAGACGGAGGCAGGGAAGACCAGUCUGAUCAACUCUAUGAUGAUGGGUCAAGGUCACGUGGAGUCUGAAACUGACAGAACCAUCGGUGUUGACGUCAUCAGUUUCCACGACACCGAGAAUAACGUCAAGUACGCGAUGUACGACUUCGGAGGUCACCAGAUCUACCACUACACGCACCGGUUCUUCCUGACACGCCAGGCCCUGCACAUCCUCAAUGUAGACCUGCCAGCAUACGAGUCAGAAGAGUUCCAGGAACGAGUGGGAACGUGGCUAACAUCCGUGACUUCCCACGUCUUCAACCCGGCUAUCCUUGUUGUAGGAACCAAAGUUGACAUGUUUCAGCCAGACAAGGCCGAGGAGAUAAUAGCAGCAGCUUGUUCCUCCAUCCAGAGAGACAUCCAGGUCGCUGAGAGUAGAAUACAAACCAAGCUGAAAGAAGAGAUUCAGCUCUGUCAGAAGGCAUUGGAUUCAGUGGACAGCGUAUCAGACAUGCCCGAGCCAUUCUAUGGUCUUACUAUGGACGACAUCUUGGCCAAGAAAGAAUCACUGGAGAAGUUAUUAGACGGACGACCCAAAGGUCUGUUGAACGUACAGGUUAUCCCGGUCAGCAGCAAGACGUUCCAGGGUAUUGAGGAACUGUGUAACAAGAUGGCAGAAAUGGUGAAGGACGAGCGAUUGUUCCCUGCUGCUCGCAGAGAGCUACCGACUUCGUGGACAAAACUGUCAGACAACAUCAAGACUUCGGAACGGACGAGCCUUAAAGUCAAGGAUUGUCGGGACAUAGGGGCAGCUGCAGGGAUGAAGGAGUCAGACGUCCUGAACGCGCUCAGCUAUCUGCACGUGACCGGACAGAUCCUGUUCUACAAUCACAUCAGGGGGAUGGAAGAUCUGGUCUUCCCGGACCCAGCCAUCAUCCUCACACUCUUCAAGCAGACUUUCAGGCAUGACCUACCGGGAUAUCUGGACAGCAUAGCUGAGUCUCUCGCCGAGCAUACCAGAGCGCAGUUUGCCAAAGACAGGGCGUCCUUUUUGAAGACGGGCAGAGCCAGCGACAGUUUUAUGAAGAACCUACUUGGAGACAAUAUUGACACCUUUAACAGUCUGUUUCCUCUGAUGAAGCACUUCGGCCUGUUUUACUCAGGGUCGGUGAUCUUUCCAACAGAGCUUCCUGCCGCCCAGCCUGACGAGGUGGCGCACUGUUGGCCAGAGUUUGUGCCAUCAGGCGGAGAGGAGGUCUCUGUUACUAUAGAGUACAGCCAAGAGCCUCCUCUGGGUCUACCGGAAACCAUGGUCUCCCGUCUCCUUUCCAUGGAGCAGACCACACGCCGUCUCCUCACCAAGGACACAGUUGUCGUUCAUGUUGGAGAGAACUCAGAAGACAUCAUGUACCGCCAUUUCGCUAAAAGCGAAAAAUUCUGGAUCCGGGGAGAGCCGGAGAAGGCGUGGCGCCUGACUCAGACGGUAGUGAGGGAGAAAGAGGCCUGUUGGGACGAGUUUCCUGCCUUGUACUCUAGUAACAGUGUUGGAAUCGGGGAAGCUGCAAAGUCCCUCACUAUAGAGGCUGUGAGGCGUCACGUGCCGGAUGACUUGUUAAGACUGUCCAGGGGAAUCUGGGAAGGACCACUUCCUGUCACCAGAAUACCGACAGACGUCAUUGGCAAGUAUUUCAUUGAGAACCGGCUGUACCAGGUCAGCAAGGCUGUUGGUGAGGAGAGGCAGCUAUGGACCCGACUGGGACAGGAGCUGGGACUGAACAGGUCCGUGUUGGACAACAUUAACGGAUCCAUGGACAUCCAGAAGACGUUCCAGAUGCUAAAGGCCUGGCGCACCAAGACCCCCCACGGACCGCUCCACUACCUACCGCAGCUGGAGGAAACACUACAGAACAUCGGAAAACCGGACCUGGCUAAAGAUGUACAGGGGAUUUACAAGGAAUACCGUGAUGCCUUGCCGACACAAGAGGUCUGUCCUGAGAUGGCCGGGGACACAGAGUGGUCCCUCCGCCUGCCAGGUGAAGGGAAGUACCUGUGCAGACGGACCGGCCUGGGCGUGGUGACGCCCUACCCGCUGCACGUGACCUACAGGAGUGCGAACUGGUCCGACAACUGGCAAGAGGAUCAGGGAUGGAUGCCGGUGGGUCCGCUCUUCUCCAUCCAGUGUGAGGACGUGGAGGGGCCGGUGGACAUCCAACUGCCGCACGUGCUUCACCUGGAUCAAAACACAGUAUUGAAUCCAGACGAUAUCGCGAUCGUACACGUUGUGGGAGAGACAGAAGAACUCCUGACGGUGUCUGACAUCAGCCCGACCCACCUCACCACCAGAUUCCGGAAGGGAAGCAAGUUCGGUCCUGUGGUGAGAAAAGUCCUGGGGAUGGACCUGAGCAGGAACGGCCUGUGUGUGGUGUUCGCACCGCCAAACUUUCACUCGGUCUUCCAGCUUCACGUCUACAUUAUCUCCAAUGUGGUGCCGAUGGUAGAGAAGCUGGAGGGUAAGGUCGGCUACUCCAGCUGGGACCCUGAACAGCGUGUACUAACUGGGGAGGAGUAUCGCCUGGAGGUGACGGCCAAAAACGGAGCAGACAUUGACGUGGAGACACGGCCGGAGGAGGGUCUGGAGUUUGACGACACGUUUGAGACAGGGCAGUACUACAAGAAGUUCCGUGUGGAGGUGGACGCCAGGAAGUACAGCAGAGCGCAGAGAUCCAAACUUCGGUUCGACCUGCACCUCAAGAACGCUGACCAGACUGUCUGCAGAUUCAUCCCAACCAAAGAUGCACAAGAUUUUGAAGGCGCUGACGCGUCUUAUGACAGCGACAGUGGUGUUUCGGAGGCAGUCGCUGAUGCAAAGGCAGUCACAGACUUAGAGCGAAUGUCUCCUGAGGCCGGAUCCAGUGGUACAAGACAUCGUGAAGAGAUGAAAGGCGAAGGCGAAGGUCGAACUAGAUCGCGGAAGAUGUCUGCUGGGCCAAGCCCAAAAAGACCACGAAGGGGACGAUCACGAAGGGGAAAGCAAGUAGAUGUUGAAGAAGCUUCUGCUGAUGAUCUGUACCUACGGAUCUCUCAGAAUCUCAAAAACAACGAAGUUAGGGAUCUUCGCAACUACUUGGAUAGUAAAGGGCUUUUGCCAGCAAGAGAUCUCCAAGAUAUGGACCCACAUCAGAUGUGUAUGAAGCUAGAUCAAAGGGGGAAGUUGUGGGAGGGAGAUCCUACACUCUUGGAGCGCCUCAUGAGAAAGAUUGGCAGAGAUGACUUUGCAAACGAGGCGACUAGCAUUGCUGCAAAGAAGACGGAAGUUCCGCUUGUUGUCAUCCUGCACGCAGCAGAGGAUGAGGAGUUCGUCGGGAGGCUGGUGGAGGGGCUGAUGGGUCUGCCCCCGGGUUACAAUCUACUCCAGACAGACAUAUUCUGUCUGCAGGUCACAGGUGCUCCUGGUGCUGUCAGCCGCCCACAGCUCACGUCCACACUGACCCUCGGCAGCGUGAAACUUGUCGUGCCUGUGAUCAGCAGACACCUGCUUGCUGACCAGUCCUCGCUCACGGUCGGACUGGAAACUGCCGUCAGGAACAACAAGCCUCGAUACGUCAUUUGGCUGGACCAGAACCAGGAUGACUUCCAUGAGUUCGGGACGUUAGUCAGCCGGCAGUACCCAACCCUGGAGGCGCCGGCCUGGCGGGUACAGCGGGACAGGGUGGGGGAGACGAUACCCGGCAGUCGUGUCACUUGGAUGUACGGCAUCGCCUUUGAUGUGCGUGGCUCGCUCUGCAGACAAACAGGUGAACUGAGGCUCCCGUGCUUGCUGGUCUUGGGCAACACUCGUGAUUUCCUGUCUGACAACAUGAACCUCCCAGCUGUUCUCACACGGCUGGAACAGGAGAACCAGCUGAGUCCGGCUGACGUCAGGUUUAUACAGGCGGAGUCGACCUCAGGGAGCAGGGCUGGCCUGUUGUUACACAUGCUGCGGGACAGGAGGCGGCAGGAGCCGUACGACUGGUUAGUGCGGGUCCUGCGGGAGGAAGGACAGGACUUCCUGGUGGAGGAGAUGGAGGACUGGGAGCGGAACUGUGAGGGGUACUUUGGCAUCGGGAAACAGCAGACGGCACAACCUGGUCACCAUACAGCACAGACGGAACAUUUGGAACAUUCAUCAGACAAAAGUCAAGCACCCAUUCAGAUACAGCUACACCAUCCCGAUACCUAUAAGGGCGAUGCUAAAACACCUUUGGAAGUCAAGAGUGUGAUUCUGGGACAGACGGAGGCAGGGAAGACCAGUCUGCUCAACUGUAUGAUGAAGGGUCAAGGUCACGUGGAGACUGAAACUGACAGAACCAUCGGUGUUGACGUCAUCAGUUUCCAUGACACCAAGAAUAACAUCAAGUACGCGAUGUACGACUUCGGAGGUCACCAGAUCUACCACUACACGCACCGGUUCUUCCUGACACGUCAGGCCCUGCACAUCCUCAAUGUAGACCUGCCAGCAUACGAGUCAGAAGAGUUCCAGGAACGAGUGGGAACGUGGCUAACAUCCGUGACUUCCCACGUCUUCAACCCGGCUAUCAUUGUUGUAGGAACCAAAGUUGACAUGUUUCCGCCAGACAAAGUCGAGGAGAUGAUAGCAGAAGCUUGUUCCUCCGUUCAGAGAGACGUCCAGGAAGCUGAGAGUAAAAUACAAACCAAGCUGAAAGAAGAGAUUCAGCUUUGUCAGAAGGCAUUGGAUUCAGUGGACCGAGGAUCAGAAAUGCCGGAGCCAUUCUACGGUCUUACAAUGGACGACAUCUUGGCCAAGAAAGAGUCACUGGAGAAGCUACUGGACGGACGACCCAAAUGUUUGUUGAACGUACAGGUCAUCCCGGUCAGCAGCAAGACGUUCCAGGGUAUCGAAGCUCUGUGCAACAAGAUGGCAGAAAUGGUGAAGGACGAGCGAUUGUUCCCCGCUGCCCGCCAAGAGAUGCCGACUUCGUGGACAAAACUGUCAGAUAACAUCAAGGCGGCAGGACGGACCCACCUGCAAGUCAGGGAUUGUCAGGAGGCCGGAGCAGCUGCAGGGAUGAAGGAGUCAGACGUCCUGAACGCGCUCAGCUAUCUGCACGUGACCGGACAGAUCCUGUUCUACAACCACAUCAGGGGGAUGGAAGAUCUGGUCUUCCCGGACCCAACCAUCAUCCUCACACUCUUCAAGCAGAUCUUCAGGCAUGACCUACCGGGAUAUCUGGACAGCAUAGCUGAGUCUCUCGCCGAGCAUACCAGAGCGCAGUUUGCUGAAGAUAUGGCGUCCUUCUCGAAGACCGGCAGAGCCAGCGACAGUUUCAUGAAGAACCUCCUUGGAGACAACAUUGUCACCUUCAACAGUCUCCUUCCCCUGAUGAAACACUUCGGCCUGUGUUACUCAGGGUCGGUGAUCUUUCCAACUGAGCUUCCUGCCGUCCAGCCUGACGAGGUGGCGCACUGCUGGCCAGAGGUUGUGCCAUCAGGCGGAGAGGAGGUCUCUGUUACUAUAGAGUACAGCCAAGAGCCUCCUCUGGGUCUACCGGAAACCAUGGUCUCCUGUCUCCUGUCCAUGAAGCAGACCACACGCCGUCUCCUCACCAAGGACACAGUUGUCGUUCAUGUUGGAGAGAACUCAGCAGACAUCAUGCUCCGCCAUUCCGCUACGAGGGAAGAAAUCCGGAUCCGGGGAGAGGCGGAGAAGGCGUGGCGCCGGGUUCAGACGGUAGUGAGGGAGAUAGAGGCCUGUUGGGACGAGUUUCUUUCUUUGCACUCCAGUAACAGUGUUAGAAGCCAGGAAACAGCAAAGUCACUUACUAUAGAGGCUGUGAAGCGUCACGUGCCGGGAGACUUGUUAAGACUGUCCAGGGGAACCUGGGAAGGGCCAGUUCCUAAUACCAGAACACCGACAGACGUCAUCGGCAAGUACUUCAUUGACAACCGGCUGUACCAGGUCAGCAAGGCUGUUUGUGAAGAGAGGCAGCUGUGGACCCGACUGGGACAGGAGCUGGGACUGAACAGGUCCGCGUUGGACAACAUUAGUGGGGACGGGGACACCCAGGAGACGUUUCAGAUGCUGAAGGCCUGGCGUACCAAGACCCCCCACGGACCGCUCCACUACCUGCCGCAGCUGGAGGAAACACUGCAGAACAUCGGAAAACCGGACCUGGCUAAAGAUAUACAGGGUAUUUACAUGGAAUACCGUGAUGCCUUGCCAACACAAGAGGUCAGUCCUGAGAUGACCGGGGACACAGAUUGGUCUCUCCGCCUGCCAGGUGAAGGGAAGUACCUGUGCAGACGGACCGGCCUGGGCGUGGUGACGCCCUACCCGCUGCACGUGACCUACAGGAGUGCGAACUGGUCCGACAACUGGCAAGAGGAUCAGGGAUGGAUGGCGGUGGGUCCGCUCUUCUCCAUCCAGUCUGAGGACGUGCAGGGGCCGGUGGACAUCCAACUGCCGCACGUGCUACAUUUGGAUCAAAACACAGCACUGGAUCCAGACGACAUCGCGAUCGUACACGUUGUGGGAGAGACUGAAGAACUCCUGACGGUGUCUGACAUCAGCCCCACCCACCUCACCACCAGGUUCCGGAAGGGAAGCAAGUUUGGUCCUGUGGUGAGAAAAGUCCUGGGAAUGGACCUGCGCAGGAACGGCCUGUGUGUGGUGUUCGCGCCGCCAAACUUUCCCUCGGUCUUCCAGCUUCACGUCUACAUCAUCUCCAAUGUUGUGCUGAUAGUGAAGUAUCUCAAGGAACUGGAGAGGGACUACGGCUACUCCAGCUGGGACCCUGAACAGUGUGUGCUGAAGCUGGGGGAGGAGUAUCACCUGGAGGUGACGGCGAAAAACGGAGCAGACGUCGACGUUGAGACACGGCCGGAGGAGGGUCUGGAGUUUGACGACACGUUUGAGACAGGGCAGUACUACAAGAAGUUCCGUGUGGAGGUGGACGCCAGGAAGUACAGCAGAGCGCAGAGAUCCAAACUUCGGUUCGACCUGCACCUCAAGAACGCUGACAAGACAGUCUGCAGAUUCAUCCCAACCAAAGAUUCACAAGAUUUUGAAGGCGCUGACGCGUCUUAUGACAGCGACAGCGGUGUUUCGGAGGCAGUCGCUGAUGCAAAGGCAGUCACAGACUUAGUUCCGCAUGUUGUCAUCCUGCACGCAACAGAGGAUGAGGAGUUCGUCAGGAGGCUGGUGGGGGGGCUGAUGGGUCUGCCCCCGGGUUACAAUGUAAUCCAGACAGACAUAUUGUGUCUGCAGGUCACAGGUGCUCCUGGUUCUGUCAGCCGCGCACAGCUCACGUCCACACUGACCCUCGGCAGCGUGAAACUUGUCGUGCUCGUAAUCAGCAGACACCUGCUUGCUGACCAGUCCUCCUCGCUCACGGUCGGACUGGAAACUGCCGUCAGGAACAACAAGCCUCGAUACGUCAUUUGGCUGGACCAGAACCAGGAUGACUUCCGUGAGUUCGGUACGUUAGUCAGGCGACAGUACCCAACCCUGGAGUCAGCCGGCAGUACCCAACCCAGGCGGGUCCAGCGGGACAGGGUGGAGGAGAAGAUGCCCGGCAGUCGUGUCAGUUGGAUGAGAGGCAUCGCCUUUGAUGUGCGUGACGCGCUCUGCAGACAAACAGGUGAACUGAGGUUCCCGUGCGCGCACGCCUUGCUCGACACUCUUAAUUUCCUGUAUGGCAACAUGAACCUCCCAGCUGUUCUCACACGGCUGGAACAGGAGAACCAGCUCAGUCCGGCUGACGUCCGGACUAUCCAGGCGGAGCCGACACCAGUAAGCAGAACCGGCCGGUUGUUAUACAUGCCGCUGGACAGGAGUCGGCAGGAGCUGUACGACUGGUUAGUGCGGGUCCUGCGGGAGGAAGGACAGGACUUCCUGGCGGAGGAGAUGGAGGACCGGGAGCGGUUCUGGGAGCGGCUCUACGGUAUCGGGAAACAGCAGAAGGCACAACCUGGUCACCAUGCUGCACAGUCGGAACAUGGGGAACAUUCAUCAGACAAAAGUCAAGCAUUCAUACAAACGGAGCUGCACCGCUCCGAGGCGAAUAUGAGCGAUACUAAAACACCUUUGGAAGUCAAGUGUGUGUUUCUGGGACAGACGGAGGCAGGGAAGACCAGUCUGAUCAACUGUAUGAUGAAGGGUCAAGGUCACGUGGAGACUGAAACUGACAGAACCAUCGGUGUUGACCUCAUCAGUUUCCACGACACCGAGAAUAACGUCAACUACGCGAUGUACGACUUCGGAGGUCACCAGAUCUACCACUACACGCACCGGUUCUUCCUGACACGUCAGGCCCUGCACAUCCUCAACGUAGACCUGCCAGCAUACAAGUCAGAAGAGUUCCAGGAACGAGUGGGAACGUGGCUAACAUCCGUGACUUCCCACGUCUUCAGCCCGGCUAUCCUUGUUGUAGGAACCAAAGUUGACAUGUUUCCGCCAGACAAGGCCGAGGAGAUGAUAGAAGCAGCUUGUUCCUCCAUCCAGAGAGACAUCCAGGGCGCUGAGAGUAAAAUACAAACCAAGCUGAAAGAAGAGAUUCAACUCUGUCAGAAGGUAUUGUAUUCAGUGGACCGCGGAUCAGACAUGCCCGAGCCAUUCUACGGUCUCACUAAGGACGACAUCUUGGCCAAGAAAGAGUCACUAGAGAAGUUACUAGACGGACGACCCAAAGGUCUGUUGAACGUACAGGUUAUCCCGGUCAGCAGCAAGACGUUCCAGGGUAUCGGAGCUCUGUGCGACAAGAUGGCAGAAAUGGUGAAGGACGAACGAUUGUUCCCUGCUGCCCGCCAAGAGCUGCCGACUUCUUGGACGAAACUGUCAGAAAACAUCAAGACUACGAAACGGACAUGCCUUAAAGUCAAGGAUUGUCUGAGCAUCGGGGCAGCUGCAGGGAUGAAGGAGUCAGACGUCCUGAACGCGCUCAGCUAUCUGCACGUGACCGGACAGAUCCUGUUCUACAACCACAUCAGGGGCAUGGAAGAUCUGGUUUUCCCGAACCCAACCAUCAUCCUCACAUUCUUCAAGCAGAUAUUCAGGCAUGACCUACCGGGAUAUCUGGACAGCAUAGCUGAGUCUCUGUCUGAGCAUACCAGAGCGCAGUUUGCUGAAGACAGGGCGUCCUUCUCGAGGACGGGCAGGGCCAGCGACAGUUUCAUGAAGAACCUGCUUGGAGACAACAUUGUCACCUUCAACAGUCUCCUUCCCCUGAUGAAGCACUUUGGUCUGUGUUACUCAGGGUCGGUGAUCUUUCCAACAGAGCUUCCUGCCGCCCAGCCUGACGAGGUGGCGCAAUGCUGGCCAGAGGUUGUGCCAUCGGGCGGAGAGGAGAUCUCUGUUACUUUAGAGUACAGCCAAGAGCCUCCUCUGGGUCUACCGGAAACCAUGGUCUCCCGUCUCCUGUCCAUGGAGCAGACCAGACGCCGUCUCCUCACCAAGGACACAGUUGUCGUUCAUGUUGGAGAGAACUCAGAAGACAUCAUGCUCCGCCAUUCCGCUACGAGGGAAGAAAUCCGGAUCCGGGGAGAGCCGCCGGAGAAGGUGUGUCGCCUGGCUCAGACGGUAGUGAAGAAGCUAGAGGUCUGUUGGGACGAAUUUCCUGCCGUGUACUCCAGUAACAGUGUUAGAAUCGGGGAAGCUGCAAAGUCACUCACUAUAGAGGCUGUGAUUCGUCACGUGCCGGAUGACUUGUUAAGACUGUCCAGGGGGGUCUGGGAAGGGCCACUUCCUGUCACCAGAAUACUGACAGACGUCAUUGGCAAGUAUUUCAUUGAGAACCGGCUGUACCAGGUCAGCAGGGCUGUUGGUGAGGAGUGGCAGCUGUGGGGUCGGCUGGGACAGGAGCUGGGACUGAACAGGUCCGCGUUGGACAACAUUAACGGAUCCAGUGACACCCAGAGGACGUUCCAGAUGCUGAAGGCCUGGCGUACCAAGACCCCCCACGGACCGCUCCACUACCUGCCGCAGCUGGAGGAAACACUGCAGAACAUCGGCGAACCGGACCUGGCUAAAGACGUACAGGGGGUUUACAAGGUGAAUAAAAAACCCAUGUUUUAUUUAAACUCUACUUGA